AUGGAGAAGGAAGUGAACUUUAGAAUCCAGUGUGGUUGGAACAAUUGGAGGAAAGUCUCUGGCGUGAUAUGUGACAAGAGAGUACCAGUGAGACUGAAAGGUAAAGUCCACAAGGCAGUAGUCAGACCUGCCUUGAUAUACAGCCUGGAAGUAGCACCUCUGAAGAAGUCUGAAGAGAAGAAGAUGAAUGCAGCAGAAAUGAAUAUGUUGAGAUGGAUGGUAGGAGUGACGAGAAGAGAUAGAAUCAGAAAUGAAUACAUCAGAGGGGCAGUUAAAGAAGUUGAGCCGUCAAAGAGGAUUCAAGAGUCAAGACUGAGAUGUUCUGAGUCACCUGUUUCCAGUCUUUUCCUCACCUUCGACCGCCAGUUUUCAGUCUCCAGUCUCCAGUCACCGGUCCUUCGUGUCCGAUUCCAGUCCCCUGUGAUUUAUUGGUGA